UCCUCUUUACUAGAAUGAUAUUAUAAAUAGGAACAUACAUUCUCAAUUCUCCACACACAAAACACAAUAACUUUACUAUAAACCUUCUUCGUGUUUCUUUCACCCUUUAUUUUUCCUUUCCACUAGGUCACUCAUCCAAAAAAAUAUUCCCUACAAUCGUUGUAAAUCUCAACUAAUGGCGCCUGUACUGCCUGCAUACAACCUAAAACCAAAAACAGCUCUCCCUGCAGAAGAGAAAAAGCAGCAAUCUGAUCAUUCCAAUCACAUCUUGUAUGUCCGAGUUCGACUCGCAACCGAUGAAUCAGAUGUUCCCUUCAUUCAUGGACUCAUACAUAAAAUGGCAGCUUUUUACCAUCUGAGUGACGAAUGUGAAGCAACAAAGCCUGCUCUUUCUUCCACCCUUUUUAACUCCAAAACUCCUUUCGAACCCUUCAAAACUGUCACUGUUUUCCUCGUUGAAGUCUCAUCUACUCCUUUCGCACCGAAUCAUCCCUCAACUCAACACUUCAACCAUAUCGAAACCACUCUACACCUUCCUCACCCCAUCAAUGACCCAGAAAUGGAGCUUUUUCGCACCGAAGAAGGAACAAUCAUUGCAGGUUUUGUGAUCUUCUUCCCUAGCUACUCCACAUUUUUGUCGAAACCCGCGUUUCAUGUGGAGGAUUUGUUCGUGAGGGAAGGCUAUCGAGGUAAAGGUUUUGGAGGAAUGCUGAUGAAGGCGGUUGCUAGUCAAGCUGUGAAGAUGGGGUAUGCUAGAAUGGAGUGGACUGUUACAACUUGGAAUGUGGCUUCUCAUACAUUUUAUGAGAAAUUGGGAGCUCAUAUUUUGCAAGAUUGGCGGAUUUUCAGACUUGCUGAUGAUGCCCUCUUAUCCUAUGGUCGAUCAGAUUAAGUAAUCAGUAUUGGGAUUGAAAGUUACGAUAUGGGACAAGUAUUUCAAGGUCAUCUAUCGAAUUUGUGCAUGUUUCAAUUCAAUAAUGCUAUUUAUGAUUUAUCUCGCUGUUCAUUAGUAGUUCAAUACUCCACCUUAUGUGUGUCUUGACAAUUUUAUGUUUAAGUCAUCCCAUGCAAAGUUUUACGCAAGGUUGCUUAUUAUUGCCUAAAGUAAUAAAAGUUGUCAUGGAUCUUUAUGAUUUUGCU